AUGGACUUCGAUGAUGAAGAUGGGGAGGGGCCCAGCAAAUUUUCAAGGUAUGAUGGUGAUCAAAUCUCUGGUGAUAAGGAAAAGUUUGCAAGGGAGAAUCAUAGUGAAAUUGAGAGACGCAGGAGAAAUAAGAUGACACAGUAUAUCACCGAACUCUCUGAUAUGGUACCCACUUGUAGCGCAUUGGCUCGUAAGCCUGACAAGUUAACAAUUCUUCGGAUGGCCGUUUCACACAUGAAAUCAAUGAGGGGCACUGGAAACAAAUCUACUGAUGGAGCGUACAAGCCUUCGUUUCUUACAGAACAGGAACUGAAGCAUCUUAUCCUGGAGGCCGCAGAUGGGUUCCUGUUUGUAGUUGCAGCUGAGACGGGAAGAGUGAUCUACGUAUCAGAUUCUGUGACUCCCGUGCUGAACCAGCCACAGUCUGAAUGGUUUGGCAGCACUUUGUAUGAACAGGUUCAUCCAGAUGAUGUGGAAAAGCUGCGAGAGCAACUAUGUACAUCUGAAAACUCUAUGACAGGACGAAUCCUCGACUUGAAGACUGGAACAGUAAAGAAAGAGGGUCAGCAGUCCUCCAUGAGAAUGUGCAUGGGAUCAAGACGCUCUUUCAUUUGCAGGAUGAGGUGUGGAAAUGCUCCUCUGGAUCAUUUACCUCUGAACAGAAUAACCACCAUGAGAAAAAGAUACAGGAAUGGCCUUGGCCCAGUAAAAGAAGGCGAAGCACAGUAUGCUGUUGUCCAUUGCACUGGCUAUAUCAAGGCUUGGCCACCAGCAGGAAUGACUAUACCAGAAGAAGACGCUGAUGUGGGACAAGGUAGUAAAUAUUGCCUCGUGGCAAUAGGAAGGCUUCAGGUAACCAGCUCUCCAGUGUGCAUGGACAUGAACGGCAUGUCGGUCCCCACUGAGUUCUUAUCAAGGCACAAUUCUGAUGGAGUCAUCACCUUCGUUGACCCAAGGUGCAUCAGCGUCAUUGGCUACCAGCCCCAGGAUCUUCUGGGGAAAGAUAUUUUAGAAUUCUGCCAUCCUGAAGAUCAAAGCCAUUUGAGAGAGAGUUUCCAACAGGUUGUGAAACUGAAAGGUCAAGUCCUGUCUGUCAUGUAUCGUUUUCGUACCAAAAACCGGGAAUGGAUGCUGAUCAGAACCAGCAGCUUCACAUUUCAGAAUCCUUAUUCCGAUGAGAUUGAAUACAUCAUCUGCACCAACACUAAUGUAAAACAACUUCAGCAGCAGCAAGCAGAACUUGAAGUACAUCAACGAGAUGGGCUGUCAUCCUAUGACUUAUCUCAGGUGCCUGUUCCAAAUAUACCAGCUAAUGUUCAUGAGGGUGGAAAGUCUGUGGAAAAGCCUGAUGCUAUCUUCUCCCAAGAGAGAGAUCCAAGAUUUGCUGAGAUGUUUGCUGGAAUAACUGCUUAUAAAAAAAUGAUGGCCUCAGCAUCCACAGCAGGAAACCAGCAACUUUACUCACAAGGAAGCCCAUUUCAGCCAGGACAUUCAGGAAAGACUUUCAGUUCAUCUGUGGUACAUGUGCCUGGUGUGAACGACAUCCAGUCUUCUUCAUCAACAGGCCAGAAUCUGACACAGAUAUCUCGCCAGCUAAAUCAGAGUCAGGUUGCCUGGACAGGAAAUCGCCCACCAUUUCCAGGACAGCAAAUUCCAUCUCAGUCUGGCAAGGCUCAGUCAUCUCCCUUUGGGAUUGGAACAAGUCACACCUACCCAGCCGACCCAUCAUCAUACAGCCCCCUUUCCAGCCCAGCCACCUCUUCUCCGAGUGGGAAUGCCUACUCUAGCUUAGCAAACCGAAGUGCAGGGUUUGCUGAAGGUGGCCAGAGCAGUGGCCAGUUCCAGGGGAGACCUUCCGAAGUCUGGUCCCAGUGGCAGAGCCAACACCACAACCAGCAAAGCGGCGACCAGCAUUCGCACCCGCAGCCCAGUCAGACCGAGGUGUUCCAGGACAUGCUGCCAAUGCCGGGAGAUCCAACGCAGGGUACUGGCAAUUACAACAUUGAAGAUUUUGCUGACCUGGGCAUGUUUCCACCAUUUUCUGAGUAG